AUGACGGACACUGUGUUUUUGAAGGAUUAUGCCGCUAGUAUAUCAAAGCCCUUAUUAAAAAAUCCUAAUAAGCUACAAACAUUCAACCACCUUAGUACAGAUAAGACAUUUAAUCUGAGGACUAAGGAAAAAAUAGAUCGCAGACCAGCCUCGGACGCUGCCACCUACAGAACACAAGGCAGAGGGCAGCUGUCCUUGAUUCGCAACGGCCGCCCGCAUCCUAUCGGUCCCACUGCCGUGGACGGCGGUGAGGCUCAGCCGUCGCCUGCCGGGGCCUCCCCUCGGAGAGGUGCGCCCUCACCCCGCUGCGCCCGCCGAACAAGCGCCCGUCUCUCUCCCACUGCCCCGAGCCGUGCCGUCGGGCGGGAGCGGGACGGUCCCGGUGCGCGCCGCGGGACCACGCUGGAAGCGAACCAGCGCCCUCUCCGCCACGCCGCGUUGGAAAUGGCCGCCCAGCCGUGCGGUGCUCCCCCUCCUCCGCGCCCCCUCCCCCCGCCCCAAAGGAGACACACUCCCACCCGCGGCACGCUGCGGAGGCGCCGGGGGAGGGCUGGGUGUUCCGAAGUCCAUGGCAUAGCCCCGCACCGAGAGGCGGCCCCGGUCUCCCUGGGAAGGGGCGGGGUGGGAGUAGGGGUGGAAGAGUGUGCGCGGGGAGGGGAUCGCCCGCGCCAUCGCCCGCGCGGGGGAAGGCGGGGGUGCCACGACUCGCAGAGGUGCGGGGGCUCCAGCGGGAGCCCGGCCCGCGCGCGCCCCCCUACUCAAGGCGGCUGCGUGCCCACGGUGGCGAGCUGCCGCCGGGACAGGGAGAGCCUCGCCGCAGCCCGCCAGGGACCAGGGUGGGGGCUCGGGCGCCCGCCCCUCUGCGCACCGCUCUGCCUUUCCGAGGUGCCGCCGCCGCCUCGGCGGGACUCGCCCGUGUGCGAGCCGCUGCGCGGAAGGAGCCGCUCCGCCUCUGACAGAGACGCGCCCCCCCCCCCCCCACUUUCGCCCGCCCUCACCUCGAGCUGGCGCUGCCUCGCCGCGCUGCUGGCGCUGCCGCUUCGCCCGCCGCUCGUCCACCCGCCCGCCACCGCGUCCCGCCGCCGUCCCCCUGGUGCCGAGCUCCGCCGAGGGGCAGGCGACCACCCCUCGGCCCCGCCACCCGGCUGCGGCUGCCGCGCCCCUCGCGCCCCGCUACGGGAAGGGGCAGCGGCAACUGCCAGGCGGGAGGAGAGGAACCGCCGGCAGCUUGGUCAGCGCGCUGCGGCCGGGUCUCCGGGGAUGGACUGGGCUUCGCCCUCAGCCUGCCCGCGGAGAGGAGGGCGGUAA